AUGGACUCUGGUAUCGCGCUUCGUAUUGUCGACGCCAGGUGCACGGCCCUUGAUCCUAAACUCCCGAUUCUCUUUGUUCUCUUUGCCCAUGAGACUACAGAACAUGCAGACCCAAACUCUCCAUCACUCAAGUGGUUGUCGCACACCAUAAAGAAUGACGGUGCAAUAUCGCAGAUCAGAGAGGGCACAGUGGCGAAUAAUCAUCUGCUGCUUCGCCAGCUAGUCUAUAACUCGCACCGGCUUCCACCAGGCUGCGAGGAGAUGUUUGAUCGGGCACGGGACAAGGUGUAUGAAAAGGACUUUGUGGCGUCGUUUAUACUUCCCAUGGAUCCCCUCUCGCACAAGGCCGUCGAGCGCCUUAGCAGGAGCCAGAAAUGCGCACGCGUAUCGUGCGUCAAACCUGCGUUUUUGCUAUGCGGUGGGUGUGGUAUCGUCUACUACUGCUCACAGGGCUGCCAGAAGUCACACAGGGACACACAUCAGGGGCUCUGUACCUGCAUUUCCACCUCCCCGCCCCCGCGUUCGACAAACUUCAUUGUGUUCCCUCUUAUAGACUCUAAGAGCGAUAUGGGGAUAGCAAAUGAAUACUUAUCGCAACGGGACCUUGUGCGUUUAGAAGAAGGAGAUGGCCAGAAAGCAUACCUCAUGUUAAACCCAUUUCCCGACCGGGGGUUCCUGACAAGCGUAGCGAGGAGGGGGCCCAAGGAGAGGUUUAUUGUGAGGAUGCAGGAAUCGAUGGGGGGAGCGGUGCUGCUUGUUUAUGACGCCGAGAAGACGUUCAAGGUACAUGUGAGGGUGGUGCCAGAACUGUGUGAGCUGGUGGCGUCAAAUAAAAAUUGGAAGGGACAAAGAUGCUACCUAUAUGCGAGGCAUCUGGACGGUGAUAAAGGAAAGAAAUAUUUGGAGGUAUUGCUUGAUGUAAUGCCAAACCAAGGACUGCUUUGGUAA